AUGGCUAGAGGCAGAGCGUUUGAUUCAGAUGCGUCCGGCAGUGGUUCGUGUGGAGGUCGUGGCCCAGGACACAGUGCCUGUGGAGGAGGAGGGACUAUUCCUCCUUCUUCUUCAGGUACGUCUGGGGCUUCAUCCUCUGCUCAACGACCAGUAUUGCCGCCAUCACUUCCUUCUGCUCUUUCCUCUUCUACCCUCGUUUCUGGACUAGUACAGUCUGCACCAGCUGCACAGUCACCUACUGUGCAAGCAGCUCACGCUUCUACAGCUAGCGCAGAACCACAGCCCAAGCGCACUGACGAGCACUAUACUGAUUUACGGGCUCAGCUUGCUGAUCAGCAGAAACAAAUUGCAGAGCUUAGAGCGCAUGUGAUGCGGCUGUCCUGUGAGCCCGGUGCUGGUACUUCUUCCUCUGAUCCUGCGCCUACUACAGACCGAAAUGUUUCGACGUCUCAGCAGCAGCCACUACUGGCUCCUGAUCCCGAUGUUGCAGACGAUACCUUGGUCACCCCUCCUGGCGCUACAUCACAUCCAGCAGGUACUCCUCCCGGCAAUCCCAACAUCGAAUCCUGCAGAUGA